AUGCCGCGCGGCGUCCUCCCGCGCGGCGCGCUGCGGAAACGAGGCGCACUGGUCCGGGACGUCAUCGCCGAUGCCUUGUGCGGCCCAAAUGGCUACUUCGCGACGCGGCUGCCCGUGCUCGCUUCGCACACGGCGUUCGCGUUCCGCGAGAUGAAAGGCCGCGCCGACUACGAGCGCGCGCUGCACGAGCGCUACACGGCGCGCGCGGGCUUCCUGACACCGGCAGAGAUCUUCGCGCCGUGGUACAGCUAUGCCGCGGCACGCUGGGCUCUGGCGUGGCACCGCGUCGACGCCGUCAAGGCGGCCCGCUCCGGCGGCCGCCCGCCGCCGCUGCGCGUCGCCGAGUUCGGCGUCGGCUCCGGCUCGCACGCGGUGCAUUUUUUGGAUUACGUGCGGACGAACGCGCCGGACGUCUUUGUGAAUUGUAGAUACGCGGGCGUCGACGCGUCCCAGGACGCCUGUGCCAACUUCGAACGGCGCGUGCACGACGCGCACCCGGGCGUCGCCUCGGCCGUCGUCGCCGACGCGCGGAGCGAGUGGACGCUGCCCGCCAACUUCCAGGACGAGAGCUGCCCGACGGUCGUCUUCGCGCUGGAGCUGCUGGAUAAUUUGCCUCACGACAAGGUGCGGGACGGCUUCGAGGGCUGGGUCGUUGACGGCCGCGAGGACUUCCGGCCCGCGGCCGACGCCUGGGUGCGGCGGGCGCUCGCCCUAGACGACCCGGUCGCGGGCGACGCCUUCGUGCCGACUGGCUGCCUACAAUUUCUCUACCGUGUCUUCGAGGGCGCGCCGCGGCCGCGGCUUUUUUUGGCAGAUUUUUCCGAGCUGCCGCGCCCCACCGGCCGCGACGCCACGGCGGCGAACGCGCCGCUCGUGGCCGCCGCGGACCGCGACCUGGAUUCGUACCUCGACGCGCAAGGGAACGCGGACGUCUUCUUCGCCACGGACUUCGACUGGCUCGCGAAGGCCUACGCGGCCGCUGGCGGCGUCGGCACCGUGGCCACGGUCCCGCCGGCGGAGUUCUUCGCGCGUUCCCCGGACCUCGCGGCGGAGACGGCGACGCGGUCGGGAUUCAACCCGAUGCUCGAGGACUUCUGGAAUACGCGGAUCUUUCUCGCGAGUGGCAGAGGGGUCGGAUAA